AUGUUAACUCUUCUUAAACGAUCGAUAUAAUUUAUUCCUCGCUUUUCUUAUCAUCCAAAUGUUAUAGAUCAUUAUGAAAACCCAAGAAAUGUAGGAUCACUUGAUAAAAGCAAUCCAAAGGUUGGAACAGGAUUGGUAGGUGCACCAGCAUGUGGAGAUGUUAUGAAACUACAAAUCUAAGUAGGAAAGGAUGGUAAAACUAUUGAAUAAGCUGUUUUUAAAGUAAUUCUAUAAACCUAAAACUAAUUUUAAGACAUUUGGUUGUGGUUCAGCCAUAGCUUCUAGUUCUUAUGCUACAGAAAUUCUUAAAGGUAUGACAUUGGAAGAUGCUUACAACAUCAAGAAUUCUGAUAUUGCAAGUUAUUUAAAGUUGCCUCCUGUAAAAUUGCAUUGUAGUAUGCUUGCAGAAGAUGCCAUCAAAAAAGCAAUAGAAGAUCUUUAAUCCAAGAAUAAUUAAGCAACAGAAAAGUAAGAAAAAUGAU